ACAGCAUCACGAUUUAGAAACAUAUAUUGAGGAAACCUCCACCACGUUUUACUGUUUCUUAAGAAGCUUUGCAUUUCAAGAGAGGACAUUAUGGUUAUGCUGAAGAUUUCAUCUUUCCUUGCUGUUUAUGCCUUGGUUAUGUGCCAGAUGGAUAGCUCCCAGGCAACCCCACUCAGACCUGGCUUAGACUCUAUAACGGAUCGAGUGACACUCAGUGAUUACGAAGCUCGGCGGUUAUUAAAUGCGUUGGUGAAAGAAUUUGUUCAGAUGACAGCGGAAGACCUGGAACAAGCGACUGAGGGGAAUAGCAGUGUAACAGCACAGAAAAGGGCAUGUAACACAGCAACCUGUGUGACCCAUCGUCUGGCAGACUUCCUGAGCAGGUCAGGAGGAGUGGGCAAGAGCAACUUUGUACCUACCAAUGUGGGAUCUAAAGCUUUUGGGAGGCGAAGAAGAAAUGCUCAAAUAUAAACAUCUGAAUGACAUCUGGAAAAUGAUUGCCAUGAAACUGAAAUGUUAACUCCCUUUUGUUUCUAAUGAAAGCAACUCUUCUCCAUAAAUCAAGAAGGCCAAACAGAAGACUCAUUUUUUGCAUCCUUCUAAUAUUUAAAAAUGUUUUGUUAAAAACAAAUGAAAGCACUUCUGUUAUGUAUAGUACAAAACAAUCUAAUUAUUCAAGUUAAAUUAUUGUAUAUUCUUUUUAUAUGCAAUUCUAUUUCAAAUAAAAUGUGAGAGCAUCUAUUAUUUAUUUAUCUUCUAGCAUAUAUGUGAAAUGUGACCCAUGCUAUUUAUCUGGGCAAUACUGCCAAAUCUCGGGGAUUACACUAAAUUGCUGCCUGUCAAGGCAUAUCUGUAAAAUAUGGUGUGCUGUGCCUUGAUGUAAAACAUUUAACUAACAUGAUUGUACAGUAUGUUUAAAACACUUCAAUAUUGUAUCAUUUGUGAAUUUAAGCAAGAUUAAAAAAAGUAUUUUAGAUACAUUUGGAUUGAAAAACUGAUUUUUCAUUUAAACAAUUUUAUUGUUAGUUUAUUGCAUAGUUUUUAAAAAAAAAAAAAACAUCUGGCAUUAGCCAAAUGUGGAUACCAGAUUAGAAGGAUCAUUGGCCUGCUCCUGUCUUAUCUAAUUACAGGCCUGUAAGAGGUCUGCACUCACCCCUGCGGUGCCCCCUACUGGUUACUUCGGGGAAUCAGCUCACCAGCCUCUCGAGCGCCCUCUGCAGGCUGGUGAUCUGCCGUGUCCUCUGCUGGCGCCCAUGUCCCUCCCAGGACCCGGUGCCCCUAUUACUGGGAUGCUGCCCCCUGGCAGUACCCCACAGAUCUGGGUCUCCCCUUCCUGGGGAACUCUCACCCACUAUCCCCACCUUGCCUCAGCACUAGGCCACUGUCAGUCACCCAGCUCCUCAGCCUUUCCCCAGCCCUGCUCUACUACAGGUACCCUGUGUCUAGCUCCCCUGCAGCCAGGCCCUUCUCUCUCUGGAGACAGAGAGAGACUCUGGCCUGAGCUCCUGGCUCCCAACCUUUAUAGGGCCUGCUGAGGCUGCUUGGGGCAUGGCCCCAGCUGCAUCCACUUCCCCAUAACAGCUCAGCCUUCACAAUGCCUGCUCCCUGGGCUAUCUCAGGCCCUUCCAGGCUGGAGCAGGUGUCCACCCUGCUACACACCACCUUCCCCCAAAGAUCACCACCCCUGGGGGUAAGGGUGUCUCCUGGUGUGAUGUUGUGCAGUCUAUAUGGUUUUAUAAAAACAUGAUAAUAAGUGAAUAUAAUGCAACUGGGAUAUGCUUCUUGCAAAAGGUCUCUUGUAAGGUAUCAUUACAAAGCUCAUACUCUACUGAGUGUGAUCAUCUUAUUUGUAGAAAUGUACCACUCUUGUAUCUAAAACUAGAAAUAUAAAACAUAACUCUGAGGGCCUAUUGUAAUUAUGUAAAGUGUGGGCCAUUAAUGAUGGUUUGGAAUCUUGAUGACUCCCACUAACCAGGACCAUUGUCUGCAGAUGGCUGUGUUUACCUGUUAGUCUUCCUGUAUGUGUGUGUGCUGGCAAGUGGGCAAUGAAGUCUUGCAGUGACAUGUGAUCAUGUCACCUGAACUGGAAUCCAUCUUUAACGUGGUGCUUUUCCAGUGAGGGGGGGUGGAAACCCAGAGGGACAAAGGGUUCCCGCCUUAUGCAAAAGAUAUAUAAAGGGGUGGAAGAGAACAAAGGGGGAGAGGAGCCCUCAUGAAGAAUCCCCUAGCUAUCACCUGAGCUGAAACAAGAGCUGUACCAGGGGAAAGAAUUGUGCCCAGGCCUGGAAGGUGUCCAGUCUGAGAAAAAACUUACUGAAGCAUCUCUGAGGGUGAGAUUAUCUUUAUUCAGUUUGAUUAGGCAUAGAUUUGCACAUUUUAUUUUAUUUUGCUUG